AUGCCAGUAGCACCCCAUGAAUUGAGAGAUACUAUAAAGUCACGAGACUUAGGGUUAUUUCAAUGCAUUGAUUUGUUAAAACAACAUAACGACAACAUAGGUGUUCACCACCAAUUAGUGCAAAAAUUGUACUCUUAUUCAUAUGACGAAUUGGAGUUUUUUAUUCCACAGUUUAUUCAGCUUCUAGUUAAUUUUGAGACGGAUUCCAUGGCCUUAGAGGAUUUUUUGUUGCAUUAUUGUAAUCAAUUUCCACAUUUUAGUUUAAUCGUUUUUUGGUAUCUACAGGCGUUUCUUUUCGAGUUGAGAAACGAGCCAAAAUCAUACUCAUUUCAAACAGUGAGAAAGUUCAUUAAUAAAUUACAAAAUAUAUUAUUCAAUGUUGAAACCUCCUUUCACAUUAGAGGACCAGAAUUCCGAGAAAAUAUGCAACCUGCUCUUAUUUUGUGCGGAUCGGUCGCCAGUGCAUUUAGUAGUCCCUUGGUAAAUGAGUAUGCGUUACCUAUUGUACGUUCACAAGGGAAACAGCAAAAGUCAUUUGUGUUUAAAUUGGCCAGUUUUCAAAAAUCUUUGACUAGAAAUCUUACCAUGAAAAAUCAAAGGUUAUCAGCAGAUGCCAUUACACCAGUUAUUUCAGACGAUGAUUCUAAAGUCUCGAAUAGAAUCCAAGAGUCUCAAAGAUUAAAAACAAAAUACUCGAAAAAGAAAAUUUCAGCAGCAUUACAAUUGGACGAUUCUGAGAAUUACACUACUGAUGAAGAGGAACUAGGUUAUGUUCAAACGUUGUCAAGGCCAAAAAUAAGGGAAAUGAAGUAUACUGAAGUAGAAGAGAAUCUCAAGAUAAACACAAUAAUUAGAUCCAAAAAGAACAGGUCAAAGACAACAGUGAAUAGUAUUAGCUUCUUUUCUGACACAGAUCAGUCUGCACUGAUGGAAGAGUAUAAUAGGAGUGCACAAUCACUACCGGAGUUAGUACGAACCAGAUCCAGGUUGGAUUUGUAUAGUUCUGAAUCCGAGGCUGCCUUGGGAACAUCUCGCAACUCUGCUGAGUUGAUUAUUAGUAAGAAAAAAUUCAUGGGAUCCGAAGUAAAAACAAGACCAUACAAAGAAUUAUUAAAAAUUCUUCAGGUAAACUAUUCCAAAAAAGAAACGAGUUUUAUAAUGUCAUUGCAAAAUAUUUCUUUGAGAUUGUCACUGGUUCCUAAAGUAGCAAGGUUAUCUGCAUUAAGAGCAGAGUUAUCUAUUAUAAAUGAGUCUAUUCUUCCUUCAGAAAUCGAUAUCCCUCAAUUAUUACCUGUUACCAGUAAUAAGAAUAAAAAAUUCCACAAAAUCUUGAAGUUAAAUAUAAAUGAAGCAUGUGUCUUAAACUCCGCCGAAAGAGUACCAUAUUUGUUACUAAUUGAAUACUUGAGCGACGAAAUUGAUUUUAACCCAUUCAGUGAUCAAAACCAGAAAAUAAUCAACGAUUGUGUUCGAAAGCCUGAAGUCAAACCAAAUGAUCAAAUAAGUGGUGACGAUGAUACAUCAGUUGUUUCUCUGAUACAAGAAGAAAUGUUUUUAGAUAAUAAUGCUAGUGAGAACUAUAAUGAAGACGGGGAUUUGGGGGAGAUUUCUUUGUUACAUCUGAGGUCAUCAAGUAGGGACUGGGCCAAAUCUACACCAGGUAGCCCAGUCGCAAGACUGUCUCAAGAAGAUGAAAAGUUUUAUGGAAAUGUAAGCUCAACUACCGGGGGUACUAUCGAAUCACUGGUUCUCGCUGAUCAAAUGAGGAUCGCCUCUCUCAUGCUUCAGCAGUUGGAAAGUUCCGGCCAAUCAAACACUCAACAAUUUGUUUCCAUCCGAAAUAGAAUCAUUGAGUCGAUGAUAUCGCUUCAGGAUCAGUUUGACUUUAUUGAUUACGAAACUUUGAAGGAGUUAAAAACAGAUGAACAAGAUGCUGGUAAAAGAAAACUCGAGAACGAUUUUAAACUUGCUGAAGAUUGGAAUGAAAAGAAACAUAGAAUUAGAAAGUCCAGUAUCUACGGGCAUCUUGAAAAUUGGGAUCUUUGCUCAGUGAUUGUUAAAAAUGGAGAUGAUUUACCACAAGAGGCAUUUGCUUGUCAAUUAAUUAGUUUAAUUUCCAAUAUAUGGAAAAAGCAUAAAGUAGACUUCUGGACUAAAAGAAUGAAAAUUUUAAUAACGAGUGCGAAUGCUGGAUUAGUUGAGACCAUCACAAAUGCAAUGUCCAUUCACUCCAUCAAAAAAUCAUUAACCGAAUUGUCAAUUGAAAACGGAGAGAAUGCCAAAGGACGGAUUUUUACAUUAAAGGAUUAUUUUCAGAAACUUUACGGACUGGUUGACUCACUGAAGUAUGUCAAAGCUCAAGAAAACUUUGCGAUAAGUUUGGCAUCAUAUUCCAUAAUAUGCUAUGUGUUGCAAAUCAAAGAUAGACACAACGGAAAUAUAAUGUUAGAUCACGAAGGGCAUAUAAUCCACAUUGAUUUUGGUUUUUUGCUUUCUAAUUCUCCCGGAAGUGUGGGAUUCGAGGCUGCUCCUUUUAAAUUAACCUCUGAAUAUGUCGAGGUAUUGGGGGGACUAGAAUCGAAGGCUUAUUUAAAAUUUGUAGAUACUUGCAAAAAUUGCUUUAAGGCAUUACGCAAAGAAUGGGGACAAAUCGUUAGUAUUGUUGAGUUAAUGCAAAAGGGGUCAAGUCUUCCUUGCUUUAACAAUGGUGAUAAUACCAGUGUUUUGCUUCAACAAAGAUUACAGUUACAUUUAUCGGAUGAGGAAAUUGAUUCUUUCAUUGAAGUUUAUUUGAUAGAAAAGAGUGUCGGGAGCAUGUAUACUCGCUUGUAUGAUCAAUUUCAAAUGAUAACGCAAGGAAUUUAUAGUUAG